AUGCAACAGCGCCAGUCAGUAGCACUGUUCAAGUGUUCAGUGUUCAACAAACUACUUAUGUUCCCGGAAAUGGAAGAAGAGAGAAGGGAGACGAGUAUUUACCCGACCACCGUGCCAAUGUUGAGUCUGCUGUUGGAAACUUUUGCUUGGGCAUCAUUGCUAUGUCUCCAAGACGUCACGGGAGCGCGCUUACUCGUGACGGACAACCCGGGGCCAGGAGAGCCUUUAUUCCUGACGCCGUAUAUCGAGCGCGGCGACAUCAAGGAAGCGAGGCGUCUAGCACGAGUUACGGUCAACGACAGCUUAAACGUAGAGAGCUACGCGGGCUUCUUCACAGUCAACAAGGCCUACGAUUCGAACCAAUUCUUCUGGUACUUCCCGAGUAUGUCCUCGGACAAAGAUAAAGCUCCCGUGCUCGUGUGGCUGCAAGGCGGCCCGGGAGGGUCAUCACUCAUCGGUUUAUUCUGCGAAAACGGACCCAUUAAAUUAGUGAACGGGCAAUUCGAGCGCAGGAAAUAUCACUGGGCUUUAAAUCAUCAUGUCAUUUAUAUUGACAACCCCGUAGGCGCAGGGUUCAGUUUCACCAAUAAUGAGAAAGGGUAUUGCACAGACGAGACACAGGUCGGUGAACAACUAUACUCCACUCUAACACAGUUCUUCCAACUGUUCCCAGAGCUGCAGAAAAAUGAUUUUUUCAUCACGGGUGAAUCGUACGCCGGAAAGUUUGUCCCGGCACUCGCUUACACUAUAAUGAAGAAAGAGUCCACGGCAAAACUUAAAGUAAACCUUAAAGGACUUGUUAUUGGUGGGGCUUGGAUAAAUCCUGAAAGUCAACAAAAUUGGGAUCAGUUCAACUGCAGCGACGUAAACGAACGUAAACAACUAUUCUCGGCGAAGGCUACAAUAAAAAGCCAUAAGAGAGAAAAAUGGUUCCAAGGGAAUGUUUGCGAAUUCCUUCCAGACCUAUCUAAUGCUACAAGGAAAGCUAUUCAUGUCGGGGACUUGUCAUAUUCUGAAUUUAAUAACCAUGUGUUCGAUAAAAUGUCCGACGAUUUCUGUGAAUCUAUGGCUCCCUGGUUGUCGGAAAUAGUAGAGGUCUAUCCGGUCACUCUUUACGGUGGUCAAAAUGACACUAUAGUACACUACGACGGUAUUGUAGACUUUUUGCGGAAUCAUUUCAAUUUCUCUGGCGCGGAUGAGUACAGGUCCGCGAAGCAGUACGAGUGGCGGGUGGGCGGCGCGCCGGCGGGCUGCGUGCGGCGCGCGCGGCGACUCACGGAGCUCCUGGUGCUAGACGCGGAGCACCUCGUGCCGCGAGACCAGCCCGAGCGCGCCUGGGACCUCAUCACGAGGGUCACGAGCGGGAAGGGAUUUGAGCAGGAAGAAAUCUGCUCAACGCCGACAGGAAUGUAGCUGAUGGUGAUGACUGAAACUGGUGCUGUGGUUAGUCUAGUGUCUACAUGUAUUUAGAGUUUGAAAAUAUAGGCUCUUCAAUGACAUCUUACAAUU